AUGAAAAUCUUAGCUUGGAAUGUAAGAGGGAUUGGUUCUACCCAAAAAAGAGUCCAAAUAAAACAUGUUAUUUCUGAUUAUGCUCCUGAUUUUGUUUGCCUAUCUGAAACUAAAUUGUUGAAUGUAAACAACAAACUGGUUAAAUCUAUCUGGAGCUCUAUUAGCAUCAAAUACAUUUUUAAACAAGUUAGUGGGAGAUCGGGUGGCAUUCUGUUAAUGUGGGAUGAUUUGAAGCACCAACUUAUCAACUAUGUUAUUGGGGAGUUCACCAUUUCAACAAAUUUUGUUGAAGCAGAUGGUUAUAAUUGGUGGAUCACAUCAGUAUAUGACCUUGUAAAUAGAAGCAGAAGGAAAUCAUUUUGGCAAGAGCUGAUGAAUCUCGCUCAAACAUGUGGAUCAAAUUGGUUGUUAGCAGGGGACUUCAAUGCUAUCAGAUGGAAUAUUGAAACUUCAUCAAAUAAUCCUUUCAAAUACAGCAUGACAAAGUUCAACUAUCUCAUUCUCAACCUUGGUUUGGUUGAUCCUCCUUUGACAAAUGGUUCUUAUACAUGGUCCAACCUUAGGGACCCCCUGUGCUCUCUAGACUAG